GCGCGGGCCCCAUGUCUGGCCCGCGCGGAGCGGAGCAGGCGAGGUGAAGCCCCCGGGCCGGCAGCCGGAGCUCGUGGCGGCGGCGCCGGCUCCAUGGGCAGCAGCGCACAGCGGCACGAUGAUGGACGUUAACAGCAGCGGCCGCCCGGACCUCUACGGGCACCUCCGCUCUUUCCUGCUGCCCGAGGUGGGGCGCGGGCUGCCCGACCUGAGCCCCGACGGCGCCGGCCCGGUUGCGGGCUCCUGGGCGCCGCACCUGCUGCGCGGGGUCCCCGAGGUGACGGCCAGCCCCGUGCCCACUUGGGACGCGCCCCCGGACAAUGCCUCCGGCUGCUGGGAGCAGAUCAACUAUGGCAGAGCCGAGAAAGUUGUGAUCGGCUCCAUCCUGACGCUCAUCACGCUGCUGACGAUCGCCGGCAACUGCCUGGUGGUGAUCUCGGUGUGCUUCGUCAAGAAGCUCCGCCAGCCCUCCAACUACCUGAUUGUGUCCCUGGCACUGGCCGACCUCUCGGUGGCCGUGGCGGUCAUGCCCUUCGUCAGCGUCACCGACCUCAUCGGAGGCAAGUGGAUCUUUGGCCACUUCUUCUGCAACGUCUUCAUCGCCAUGGACGUCAUGUGCUGCACAGCUUCGAUCAUGACCCUGUGCGUGAUCAGCAUCGACAGGUACCUUGGCAUCACCAGGCCGCUGACGUACCCUGUGAGGCAGAAUGGGAAAUGCAUGGCGAAGAUGAUUCUCUCCGUCUGGCUCCUUUCCGCCUCCAUCACCUUACCGCCGCUCUUCGGAUGGGCUCAGAAUGUAAACGAUGACAAAGUGUGUUUGAUCAGCCAGGACUUUGGCUACACGAUUUACUCCACCGCUGUGGCGUUUUACAUCCCCAUGUCCGUCAUGCUUUUCAUGUACUACCAGAUUUACAAGGCCGCCAGGAAGAGCGCCGCCAAACACAAGUUCCCCGGCUUCCCUCGCCUGGAGGAGCCGGACAGCAUCAUCUCCCUGAACGGCAUGGUGAAGCUCCAGAAGGAGGUGGAGGAGUGUGCCAACCUUUCGAGACUCCUCAAACACGAAAGGAAAAACAUCUCCAUCUUUAAGAGGGAACAGAAAGCGGCCACCACCUUGGGGAUCAUCGUCGGGGCCUUCACCGUGUGCUGGCUGCCGUUUUUCCUCCUCUCGACAGCCAGACCCUUCAUCUGUGGCACUGCCUGCAGCUGCAUCCCGCUGUGGGUGGAGAGGACAUUUCUGUGGCUGGGCUAUGCAAACUCGCUCAUUAACCCUUUUAUAUAUGCCUUCUUCAACCGGGACCUGAGGACCACCUAUCGCAACCUGCUCCAGUGCCAGUACCGGAACAUCAACCGGAAGCUCUCGGCCGCAGGCAUGCACGAGGCCCUGAAGCUUGCCGAGAGGCCCGAGAGACCCGAGUUUGUGCUGUAAGACAAAACUCUGACUACUGUAGAAAAAAAAGUCAUGACAUGAUCAAAAGAGGAAUAAUGGAGACGAAAUAAAAAAGGCAAGACAGGUGGAAACAGAACGAAUCAUUUGCUGAGACUGCGGAAUGGAGUGCGGCUUCUGUCCUUUCUCAGGAUGGCUAAAACGUGACGAGCAGGGUGAUCUGUUGUACAAAGUAUAUCAUGAGGGAGAUGGUGACCUCUCCUUUUUUUCUGUGGAUCCGUGCUAUUGUGUGCAAAUGAAAAUAGUUCUCGGUUUAAAACAGCCAGAUCAGCUCAGCCAUAAGUGCACCAACAGAACUAAGUUCCAGAAAGGAAACAGUUUCUGGUGCUUUGCUUAUGUCUGAGUCCGUGCAAAUGGAAGAAAGUUCCAGUGCACACUUCCUGUGCUUCUAAGAGUGGAGGCAUUGUGGUGAAUAUUCAGGAAUCGUUCACGAGACAGGAUGUAUUUUGUUGUAGGACAGAAGGGUGUUUUUCAAGCAAACUGCAGUAAGCAUAGUGUUGAAUAUGUUGCAUGUCCAUGUUAGAAAACAGACUCCUGUCAUCAGCUAGUACAAAUGAUUUCCCAGAGUAGUGUCUAUUUAAAGCUUCUGUCAAACAGUUUGGCUUUUCUGCAGGGUCCCUGUGAUUUCCCCACCAACGUGCUUUCUUUGUUAACUCACUUAUUGUUAUGGCAUAACUCAGGAACAGAUCUCAGGAUGGAGAGAAUCAUAAAACCUGAAUAAACGUUUUUCUUGCACUCACCCUUCUUCUGAGGGGUCCUGAGAGGUGAGGAGGAUUCCUUCUGUGAGGAUUUUUACCUGGGUAGAGAGCGAGUGCUACCUAACUGCACUGUAUAUUAACAUGGUUACUGGUACAGAACUUUUAACUAUCAUUUACACAUGGGUGCAGCGGGCCUAGGGGCUGGUCCAAAACUAUGUGUUUUUUGGAAGGAAAUAUGGGAAUAAUGGAGUUUCCAUGAAAGGUUGCAAGGCUUCUGGAGAUAGAGCAUCAACAUGUUUGUUCUCGUUGAGCAGCACUGUAUUAAACUGAAUUGUGUGAAUUGGAGGUCAUCUGGGCCUCUAUUGGGAAAUGCUCCAGAAUACUAUCCUGUUCCUUCUAGAGGAUUUGUUUAUGUGUUCUCUGUAUCUUAAAUCAAAUGUGUGCCUGGCCAAUUCUGUUCUUCCCCCCUCUCCCUCUCCAAAGUGGUAGACAUUAAGGGCAGGUAAUGAAACAGAAAAGGUCCCUUUGUGGACAGUAUUUUUUUAAGAAAUGGUACUAUGUAAUACAUAUGACAGAAGAUAUUAGAUCAGAAAAGAAUACCUCUAAGGGGGAAAAAAAGAAUGCAAACCUUCAUUUGAUAAAAGAGAAGCAAAAGAGGAUAUUAUUUUCCUACAAUAAGGGUAGCUGUUCUCUCACAGGACGAUGUGGAAUUCCAACGUGGAUUAUGGAUUUCCUUCAACUUCCACUGACAUUGCUUCUCACCAGACACAGGGAAGGGUCUGCUGUCCUGAAAGGGGAGGUGGGCACCAUCCUUGCAGAUGAUGCUUGUACAAAUUCCCGAACUGCGGAUCUGCUGAAGUGACUGUAUAUACUUAUAUUCAUAAUUUAAGUGAUUAAUUCUGUCAGAUAAAUGUUGUUAAAUUUGAAAGUGUUUUAUUACAUUACAUCAAAUAAAGUUUAUUUAUAGCUCUAAUAAAGCAACUUAAGUAAUGAUUUUUAAUU